GACGUCACGCGCUCGAACGUAACCCCUCUCAUCGGGGCUGCAGCGACGACGACGGCAACAACAAGGAAGUGAUUGAGCGAGAAGAACCGCCGCCGCCGAAGCCAACAGUCGCCGCAGUCCUCCGCAGCUGACCGAGCCGUCUUUCCCGACGCCGCCAUCAUGAACAGCAAAGGUCAAUAUCCUACACAGCCUUCCUACCCGGUUCAACAUCUUGGUAAUCCAUCAGUCUUCCCACAGACCAUACAGCUUCCUCAGGCUCCACCUUACACCGAGGCCCCUCCAGCUUACUCCGAACUCUACCGCCCAAGUUUUGUGCACCCCGGAGCUGCUACUGUACCUACCAUGUCUGCAGCUUAUCCUGGCGCUUCCCUGUAUCUUCCUAUGGCUCAGUCCAUGGCUAUGGGUCCCAUGGGCUCUUCAGUUCCGCUGGCAUUUUACCCAGUGGGCCCUGUCUAUCAUCCUGGGUCCACUGUUCUUGUUGAAGGGGGCUUUGAUGCGGGAGCAAGGUUUGCAACUGGCGCCCCUGCUAAUAUUCCUCCCCCGCCUCCCGGCUGCCCCCCCAACGCGGCCCAGCUGGCUGUCAUGCAGGGUGCCAACGUUCUAGUGACGCAACGGAAGGGCAACUUCUACAUGGGAGGCUCUGAUGGCGGCUACACCAUUUAGUGAAAGAAGGGGGGGGGCUACAUUGGUGUAAAGGAACGACAUCACAUACUGUCAGCACUUCUCACAAUGUAACCGCUUUAGUCGUAUUAACCUGGAGUUGCAGUUUAGACACAUGAUGAUGCGGGGGUGUCUUCCUGGUGCCCUUCAGGCACUAUUUUCUUUUUAAAAAUUAAAAAAAGCAAACUUUAAAUACAAAAAACCAUGCAAUGGUAGGAGUGCCUCUCUCAAACUUUGGGGGUUAAAUUGUGACAUGAACGCGAGCUGAGCUGCCCCACAGAUUUCCCUUUUAAUUCCACUGGAGAGUGCUUCCACUGCAGCACUCUCUCUCUCUCUCUUUCGGCUUUUAUUAAUCAACUAUAUAUAAAACCAGGGGGUGGGGUGGGGGUGGUGAGAAAAGGGACGGGAGGGGGGAGAAAUGGAAGUCUGGAACAAAGCCUAGCUUCCAAGUAUCAUAUAAAGCUUGCAGAUAAUGCCUGUUGCCAAUGAAUAGGAUUAAGAUAAUGCAUCCUCUUUCCUCUUCCAUAGAAUCAAUGGUGCUGGGGAGAAAGGUAGCCGGAUAUAAUUCUUUUGGGAGGGAGGGCAUCGAUGGCAGAUGCCUAUUCGAGAAGCAGGACUGGUGGGCUAAGUUCUCAAUUUCAGAACCCUCCAACCAGUUCCUUCUCCUCACUUUCACUCUCUGUUCCUUUGCCGGGAAGGUAUGCAGCUAGAGAGUUGGCCCGAGAUGUUCUUUUUCUACACUCUUAAGUGAUCUUGGACUCCUUUGCACAUUAAGAUUCUAACUGAAGCCAUGUUUUGGUGCCAGAAACACAACAUUUCAUUAAAUGCUUCCUGUACUUUUCAAAAUAGAAAUGGAGAUGAGAGCUGAAAAUGAAACCAUUUUUUUAAGGGGGGAAAAAAGCAACCCGGUGUAUUCAUAACAAAACUGUAUGGAAUGUUAUUCAGGCUAGAGAGACGAGAAGGUCUGUUGGAUGUCAAUCAGCAUGCAAAGGUGCUGGCUUUGAUGAGUUGGUUUUUUGUUUUGUUUUAGAUGCAAACGUUACAAAGUGGCUUGGGUACAAUGAAGUCUUAUUAGAGUUAAGAAGAAUAUUUCAGGGAUCCUCAAUCUUUUUUUGUUGUUGUUUGCUUUUGUUUUUAUGAAUUAAAAAAAUUAUCAGAUUUGGUGAA